CUUUUUUUCUUCUUCUCAUUUCUCGUAACUUUCUUUGAAAUUCUGUUGCAACCAAUGGCAAGAAGAAAGGUGAAGCUGGCCUUAAUUCCCGAUGACUCGGCAAGGAAGGCGAGCUACAACAAAAGAAAGAAGGGUCUCUUAAAGAAGGUAAGUGAACUCACCAUUCUUUGUGAUGUUCCAGCUUGUGCUAUAAUUUCCAGUCCUUUUGAUUCUCGGACAGAGGUCUGGCCGCAUCCAGAAGGAGCCAAUAAGAUAAUUGAGAGGUUUCAAAAUUUAUCUGUGAAAGAUGAAACUAGAAAUGUGAGCCAUGAAAGGUUUAUCAUGCAGACGAUUGCCAAAGCCAGGGACAAACUAAGAAAGUUGAAAUAUGAGAAUCAUGAGCAAGAGUGGGAUCUUUUUAUGCUCAUGAAAUUGCAAGCCAACAACAAUAUUCUUGAUGGACUGACUACUGAAGAAGUGAAGGAUCUUGGAAAGCGUGCUGAGAAGAAGUUGAAGGAGGUUGAUGAGAAGAUUGAUACACUUGAUUGAUGAAAUGUUUUUUUAAUUUAUUUGUUGUUCUUUUGAUUUAUUUAAAUUGCAUGCAAUUUUGGUUUCUGCUCUGAGAGCAUUGUGAUG